GUGUGUCUGCUGUAUUUCCGCUGCAGCACAGAAGCACAGGGCGAAAAAGAAAGGAAAAUGUGGGGAGUAAGGACAAACUGAGGCCGGGGCGGAAACACGAACAUCAGAAGUCUUUUUCUCCGCGGUCGAUCAGCAACGCGCUUUCUGACAUUUAGAGUAUAACGCCGGAUCUUUCGCGGUUUGAGGGUCGUUUCGAGGUUACGCCGUCCCCGUGUUCGGUGGUGUUUAGCUCCGAGGAAGCAGUUCGGCUAGCCAGCUGAGCCGAGUAGCCAGCCCGAGAUGGGGGCGAGAGCGAGCCGCAUCCAGGAAGACCCGGUCCCCUCCGCCUUCGGGAAGGACGGCGCCAAGCGGGAUUCCUACCGGCGACCCCGCUGUACGAGGCCCACCAGUCUUGUCGUCGACUUCUCGGGGAGCUUCGAGGACACGGAGGCCAACCGGAGCCGGUCGGAGGAGGGCAGCGACUCGGACCUCGGGCAGCAUGGGGCGAGCGCCGACGGCAGCCCCGCGGACCACCACAGCAUCCCCUCCGGCAUCGGCCAGGCUUCGCCUGCGGACGACAACAGCAGCGAGGGCAAGCCCCAGGAAGACGGCAGCGCGAGCCCGGGGGCGCCCGCAGACGCGGAGCACCAGCCCGGAGAGGAGACAGGCCGCACGCCCCACCGCACUUUCUCCGAGCGGCUGCCCGGGAAUCGCCACUCUUCCUCCCGCAGCGUCGGCGCACGGUCCGCCCGGGUGCGGGGCACACACCAGCGGCCGGUGUCGGAGGCGUGGAUCGGCCUCUACCGCGUUAACAACCGCCACGGCAAUAUCCGCUGUCCCUUCUGCUCAAAGCCUUUCCCGGGGGGUCGGAUCGAGGAUCACCUGCUGAGCUGUCUCACGUCUCCGCCUCUACCUUACAACACCGACAUGCUCAGUAAAGACAGCGGAGAGUGCUCGAUCUGUCUGGAGGACCUGGUGCAGGGAGAGACCAUCGCCAGGCUGGCUUGUCUCUGCGUCUACCACAAGAGCUGCAUCGACUCCUGGUCCAAGGUGAAGCCCUGCUGCCCCGAGCAUCCCUUCGAUUGACUCUCAGGUCACCGGCGUUCUGCACAGUGACCGACCCGACUCAGGAGACUACACUGAAUCCCAAUAAAAUCCCGAUGAAAAUGUGUAUUGAGUAAACGCCAGCCCGCUGCAGAUCUUCAGACGAUGAACGCUCGCCGCUCGGAUCUCGGCUUCAUCUGGACCAUUUCACUCCUGAACCCCCCCCAAACCCGCGGCCGGAUCCCUCGUCCGUUGGACGGUCUUGGCCUGAAAACCUGGAUUAUUUAAAUAUUUCUUUUAACCCUUGAACGAUCUGGGAAACACGGAGGAACACAAGGAAAACAAAACGAAAGAAAAAUGUCUUAACUGUGACUCUGGAUCCUCUCCUGUGUAAUUUUCCUUCCUCGGACUGGGAUCGGUGGCUUUGUCGUUCUGCAGAAAGCGUGUGGAGGGAGGGAGGAUGUUUCCUCUGCUCGGCUCGCCCCGGACGAUCGACCCGCCGGCGCCGCUCCGCUCCGACCCGGCCGCCGGUCCGGGGCUGCCGGGCGUUCUGCUUUCUAUUACCUGUAAACAUUUCAGGGGAAGUGUGGGGCCUUCUGUUCACUUCUGUUCUGUUGUUUUGAUCAUUUCUUGAGUAGGUCACUUUCUGGUAGGUGGUUAGUUAGCGCUGAGUUUCCCGUGCUGCUACGUGGUGGGUGUGUGAGAAGGCUGUAGGUGUUUCAUAGAGUCAUAGUUAACGCCUCUUUUGGCAUUUUGUGCACUUUUGCUCCUCAAAGCUGUGUUUUUUUGUUUUUUUGUUUUUUUUUUUUCCCCCUCAACAUUGAAUCUGGGAGAAGUGUGUGCAUGUGUGUGUGUUGAGAAGAUGACCUGGGACACAAUGCGUCCUGUGAGUGUGAGUGUGUGUGUGUGUUUGAAAGUGUAAAUUGCCCAGAAGUCUGCUUCUCAAGUUGUUCAAGUUACUGCUCUUUUUUCUUUCUUUCUUUUUUGUUUCUUGUGCUUUUUUGGGGCUGAACUUCCUGUUACACAUGACAUUUGGUACGCGAGGUCCAGAUCCAUUGCGGUUUGGGGGGGUUUAGCCCCCCCUCCCUCCCUUCUUCCUCCUCAUUUUCAAACACUCUGGGGUUUUGUCCGGAUUGUUUGGACUCGGGCCUCGAGCGACAAAGUUUGGCCAUCUGGCUCCACGGAUGCCAGAUCUGGGGAGGGGGGUUAGCAGGACGGGGGGAGGGGGGGGGACGGGUCCAGGAUGUAUUUUUGGGGACAUGUUUACGCCAUGUGGCAUCUGCCUCUCUUCUCCACAGCACUGGAGGCAACGGAGGACAGAUGAUGGUUAAUUAUUACAUAAGCCCCCCCCCCCCAACCCUGUUGCCCCCGUUUCGCUUUCAUUUUUUUUUAAACAAUUGUUACAUUUCUGAUGAUUAUUGCUCGAUGUGUUGAACGGCUUUCCUUUGCCUUUUAUUGCGUGUUGAUUGCCUUUGCCUGGUGAAGGGGUUUUUGUGCAAGCAGGUAUUUGUAGUGUUUUUCAUUAUUAUAUAUAAUAUAAUAUAAUAUAUAUAUUCAGGGCUGAGAUCGAAGCCCCUAAAGGGAGACUGCUCGACAGGCGCUGUGUGUGACACAGGUUGUCCUCCGGCCGAGAGAACAGACGUGGCGUGAUUGUGGACGCUGCUCAGAAGUGGCUCCGUGUGUUUGACUCUCAGAUUCCAGGCGAGCCUGGCGGGUCCGACCCCCCCCCCCCUGCCCCCCCGCCCCGCCUCUCCUGACUCCUCUUUUUCUUGUCCCUGGUGUUCUGUGGUCUGAGGUGCUACAGCCUGCCCCGCCCCUAGGGGGCAGCACCGUGCAUGUUUCUCACGUUAUGUAUUGGACAGGAGAAGAACGAUGCCAAAAGUCUCUGUGCGUUGGGGGGUUGGGGGGUUGGGGGGUUGUGGCUGCAGAAGACGGUGCAUCCCUCAUUCGGUGUGACAUUUGUCGUGGUGAUGAGUUCUGAUGUUCUACUUUGGGCUGGGAGGGGCGGGGCCGCUGGAGGUUGGGUUGUCCACAAAGAUAACAAGACAAUCUAAAACCCCACAAUCCCUUAUUUUAUCUUAUUUUAUCGUCCCACCCUCCCCCGUCAGCUGUGUGGUGCAAUACCUCAAAUUUCUACCAAUGCUAGCUAAACGUGGCGUGUGUAAACUAGCUCCUCUCCAACCAAGGAUGGUAUUUUGUAUAAAUGUCCCGGGUCCUCGGCUUUGACGUGUUUUGAGACCGAUGCAUUAGAUGGGAACGUUUUUCCUUUCUUUCUUUUUAGCGAAGAGUCACCACAGCGGUGUCUGCAUCCCGAGAUAUGGACAAUCUGCCUUUACUCUGGUAUUAAAAAAAAACAAA